AUGUCAUCGAAUCCGUCCAAAGCACCUGUACUAGAAGUAUUGAGCAGAGAUGCAUCGCACAGUUUCCAAGUCCCCGCGAAACGCAUCCACGAUGGCGACGACGUCACUUUCUUCUUGGCAAGCAGAGCCUAUGCCGAUAUCAUGACUUUCAUCUUCCAGCUCAACACGGCCAUGAUACCACGGAAAAUCAAGAGCGAAGAUAAGAACAGCACAGAAACGGCGAAAGAGUGGAAGUUGCAUGACCCGGAUGUGCCCCAUCCACCCGUUGUGCAAAGCCUCGCCAAGCUUAUCUCUACCCUUCAAUCGAUAAUGGAUGAAGCGCCACCAGAUCCCGGACCGCGUCGUUUCGGAAACGUAAGUUUCAGGACGUGGUACGAUAUCGUCAGAGAACGAGUCCCUGCACUGUUGGAUCAGUAUCUACCGAAAGAAGUACUAUCCUUCAAAUCCUCAUCCGACGUCUCAGCCAAAACCGAGUUGGAAGCGUAUCUUAUCGGCAGUUUUGGAAGCUCUCAGCGCCUAGACUACGGUUCAGGUCAUGAAUUGAGCUUCCUCGCUUUUCUCGGCUGUCUCUGGAAACUUGGAGCUUUUCCCGCGUCGCAGGAUGGCGAGCAAGAACGCGGCAUUGUACUUGGGGUCAUCGAACCGUACCUCGAAUUGAUUCGCCGACUCAUCUUGACAUACACCCUUGAACCUGCCGGGUCGCAUGGUGUAUGGGGAUUAGAUGAUCAUUCUUUCGUACCUUACAUAUUCGGUAGCGCACAACUCUCACCGGCCAUCAGCACACCAGCAGACGUGGCAGCAGAAGGCUCAUUGCCAUCCGCUCCCCACCCAGGCGACGUGGCGAAGGCUCCCGCAGUCGCCCGCGAGCGAAACCGGAAUAUGUACUUCAGUGCCAUCGGCUUCAUCUACGACGUGAAAAAGGGUCCAUUCUGGGAACACAGCAACAUUCUCUACGAUGUCUCCGGCGUCAAGGCAGGAUGGGCCAAGAUAAACAAGGGAAUGAUCAAGAUGUACAACGCAGAAGUACUAUCCAAGUUCCCUGUGGUUCAGCACUUCCCCUUCGGCUCGCUGUUCUCCUUCUCUGCUGAUCCAAACGCCAAGGCCAUUCAAGCAAGCGUCCACACAGCCAGUCAGCCAAAGUCAAGUACACCAUCUAACACGGCACCAACUGCAAGACCGCAGCCCGCGUUAAGAGACCCGAUGGCUGAGCCAGCGACUGGCAUGCCAAUCAGAAGCAUGUCUGGCGGUACGGUUGGGACCGCGGCACCAUGGGCUAGUGCUGGUACUACAAGGCCGGGUGGUGGCAUGCCAGCUGCAACUGCUGCGCCCUGGGCUACUGCCAGAGGUGCAGAUGCAGGUGUACCCAGCGGUCCGAAUCAGCCUACUAAAGCGCCUUGGGCAAGUAGGACACCUGCACCGCCGCCGCCAGGAAGUGGUACUGCAGCACCCUGGGCAAAAGGGAAUGCUGGAAAUGCGCCAAGUGCACAAGAGGGCACGAAGGCACCUUGGGCGAAUAAGAGAUGA